GGCAACACUAGCUUGUGUUUUCACGUGUAUUGCCUCCUGUCUUCAAAUUGCCCACAGUCUUUUUGUUUCAUUUUCAUUUCAUAUAAUUUACAAUAAAUGACAAUAAUUAAAAAUAUGGAUUUGAUUGCCACCAUAGAGGAGGAUGCAGAAGUCGAGAAUUUAUCCGAAGAUUCCGAUGCCGAGGUUGAGUACCAACCGACAAAACUCAAGCAAAGGAAAAUUACUGAGUUUGAAAAGGGAUUCGAAUUUGUUUCUUCAGUAAAAGAGUACAAUAAAGAUACUUGGGAUGAUUUGAUGAAAUAUGUAAAACGCAAGGCGCGCACGAAGACGGAUGACAAAAUUGCGGAACGGUUAAAAAAACGUGGGGAAGGUGGUAAUGAAGUAAAUGUGGAGGAUGACAGCGAUGAAGAACUUGAUAUUUCCGAAGAUGAACUAAAGCACGACAACCUGCGCUUGAGGGAGAAAAAACUGGGAAAGAAGAAGAGGAAACGUGAGGAAAGUGACGAAAGUGAUGCUGAUAAUGAGGAUGAGAAAAUGAAAUUUGAAGAAGCCAUUGAUUCAAAUGAGGCAAUUACCUCGUUUUACCAAAUGAAUCUUUCCAGACCAUUGAUGAGGGCUAUUGGCGUUUUGGGUUACAUUUAUCCAACACCAAUCCAAGCGUCAACCAUACCUGUGGCCCUUCUCGGGCGAGAUAUUUGUGGUUGCGCUGCCACCGGUACGGGUAAAACGGCCGCGUACAUGUUGCCCACGUUGGAACGUCUGUUGUACCGUCCGAUGAAUAAUAAGACAGUUACUAGAGUUCUGGUGUUAGUGCCAACACGUGAAUUGGGAGCUCAAGUGUAUCAAGUGACAAAGCAACUGUGCCAAUUCACAAAUAUUGAUGCUGGUUUGGCUAUCGGUGGUUUGGAUGUAAAGGCGCAGGAAAUCGUUUUGAGGCAGAAUCCUGAUAUAGUGAUAGCCACUCCUGGCCGUUUAAUUGAUCACAUUAAGAAUACUCCGAGCUUUACUUUGGACUCCAUUGAGGUUCUUAUACUGGAUGAAGCCGAUCGAAUGUUGGAUGAAUAUUUUGCAGAGCAAAUGAAAGAGAUUAUUAAUUCAUGCUCAAAGACUAGACAAACCAUGCUUUUCUCUGCAACAAUGAGUGAAAAGGUCAAGGAUUUAGCCGCUGUGUCCUUAAAUAAACCUGUGAAAGUCUUUGUUAACAACAAUCAACAGGUUGCAUUCAAUUUGCGACAAGAAUUCAUACGUAUUCGUGAAGACAAAGAAGGCGACCGUGAACCGAUUUUGGCAAGUUUGAUAUGUCGCACAUUUCACGACCAUUGCAUGGUGUUUGUGCAAACGAAAAAGCAGGCUCAUCGACUUCAUAUAUUGCUGGGGCUACUUGGUAUACGGGCAGGCGAACUUCAUGGCAAUUUGACACAACAACAGCGUCUGGAGUCACUAAAAAAGUUUAAAGAUGAGCAAAUCGAUGUACUAAUUGCUACCGAUGUAGCUGCCAGAGGCCUUGAUAUUGUGGGUGUUAAGACAGUAAUCAAUUUUGUAAUGCCAAUUACUACAGAACACUACAUUCAUCGAGUUGGUAGAACUGCUCGAGCUGGAAGGGCUGGUAUUUCGGUUUCGUUGGCUGGGGAAAAAGAAAGGAAAAUUGUCAAAGAUAUAAUAAAGAACGCGGAAGGAUCUAUUAAAAAUCGUAUAAUACCUCCUGAAAUCAUAGAAAAAUAUAGAAACAAAUUGAUUGCAUUGGAGCCGGAAAUUCAAAAUAUUUUGGACGAAGAGCAAGCUGAACGCCAGCUUGCUAAAAUGGAACAACAAUUGUCAAAGACAGAGCGUAAACUGCUAGGCAAUGCCAAUGUAGAACAUCGUGACUGGUUCCAAACGAAAAAACAACGCGAAGAGGAAAAAGAACGCUUGGCUAUAGAUUCCACAGUAGGAAAAUCGGAGAAGACCAAGAAAAAACCAAAACGCGAAUAUGGUGGUGAUGGGGAAGAUGGUCCACCCGUUAAGGAAUUAGCUGCCAAAAAGAAGAAAAAAGAGGAACCCAAAAAGAAAACUCCUGAGCAAUUAGCCAAGGAAAGAGCUAUGAAGGAAAUCGAAAAAGUGUCUUUAGUCAGGGCAAAAAUAUCAAAGUUACGCAAACGUCCUGGUAAAUUGAGCGCAGUAUCCGAUACUCCAGCUAGCAAAAAUAAUGCAUCAAAUACUGCCAGUAAACGUGGUGGCAAUCAUUCUGCGUUUACUAAUGACUUAACUGAUAUAAGUCGCAGUGGUGCACUGCGCCUAAGGUCGGAAGCAAAUCGCCAUAAGAAAAUGUCGAAAAUAACGGCCAAGAAAAAGACCAGUAAUGUAAAAUUGAUCAAUAAGGCCGGUAAAAAUAAGUUUAAUAAAGGAAAAAGCUUUGGGGCACCUCGAUUCGCCAAGAAAGACAAAGGCAGAAAAAAAUAGAGGUUACAUAGAGUAUGUAUCAUUUAGUUCAUAAUACAUUUCCACAAGUUCAUAUGUUCAUAUUUUAUAUGCAACCAAGUACAUUACUUGUAAAUUGUACUUGUAAAUUAAAGAUGAAAUACCCAUAA